UUCGUAAACCAGAAAAAGUGUGUUGGGUUGAAGCAGCUGGGACUGUUCGUGAUGGUGUCCGAGCAUACACAGCUUUACACUACCUUUCCCAAGUCUCUCCUGGAAAAACUGUCCUCGUAAUGGAUGGAGCGAGUCCAUUUGGUACAAUAGCUAUUCAGUUAGCACAACAUAGAGGAGCUAAAGUAAUCUCCACUGCAUACAGUCUUGAAGAUAAGCAGUACCUGGAGAGGCUUAGACCUCCUGUAGAAGGUAUACGACAGCCUUUAGUGGCUCGAGUGAUAGAUGUGUCCAAUGGAAAUAUAGAUGUGGCAGAAAGCUGCUUGGAAGAAACGGGUGGCCUGGGUGUGGAUAUUGUUCUAGAUGCUGGAGUGAAAUUAUAUAGUGCUGAAGAUGAAUCAGCUUCAAAAUCGCGGUUGCUGCCUCAUAAACAUGACAUCAUUACCCUUCUUGGUGUUGGGGGACACUGGAUAACAACAGAAAAAUAUCUUCAGCUGGAUCCUCCAGAUAGCCAUUCCUUGUUCCUUAGAGGAGCCACAGUCUCCUUUCUGAAUGAUGAGAUAUGGAACUUGUCCAAUAUACAGCAAGGGAAGUACCUCUCCAUCUUAGAAGAUAUAAUGGAGAAAUUAUCAAGUAACAUUUUCAGGCCUCAGCUGGAUGAACCAAUCCCAUUGUACGAAGCCAAAGUUUCUAUGGAAAUAGUUCAGAAGAAUGAAGCAAGAAAAAGACAAGUCAUCCAGUUCUGACACACGAUUUCCUGAUUUCUGAGCCUGGCAAGAUAAAGAAACGUAAUGUAUUUGAGAAGUAAAUUAGCGUACACAUUCAAAUAAUUCUGGACCAGAAUUUAAAGGUCUUUUGUACCUCAGCACAAACGGUCUGUGAAGCUCCUGUGACUUCAGGGGUUUUUUUCUGGACCCACUUGAGCAGAAUGUUCACAUCAGUGACAUCUGAAAAGUCAGUCUUGGCAUACAAAUCUUGUCUGCCCUGCCUCAAUUACAAAUGUCAGUAACAUUUACAGGCAAACUCAUUUGCUGUUGGUUUUGAACCAAAAGAAGUUAAAGG